UAGUGCUGCAUCUUAGUCUGGUAUCAAUUGCCUGGGCAUAUGAUAUUUGGUUUGCAUAUACUAUCUUGCAAGAAUGCUAAACAAUGACACAUUGUUUGUGUCAACCAAUAUGGAUACUGCAUAUUUUAUGAUGAAUAUGGGACUUUUCAGAAUUUUGCAUUGGACCAUUAUGACAGUCCUAUUUUGCAGUACACCAGUAUCCUUAGUGGUUGCUAUUACCAUGAUUACAGCUAAAAGUUAUUGGUAUAGAUGAGGCACAAUUUUUUUGAAGACCUUUAUGAUUUCUGUCUUGAAGCUGCUGACUAUGAUGGCAAGGCUGUGAUUGAUGCUGGAUUGGAUGGUGACUAUCUAAGGCUUUUCUGAUGGAAAAGUAAAAGUAUCCGUUGGCUGUAGGAGUAAAAGCCAUUUACUCCUCAAAAUAUCCGACAGGCUUCACGUGCAGAGUUUCUUCUAAGCCAUUUUUUGCCCAAUUUCAUCUAGCUCCCACCGGCCAAAGAGCUCCAAGCAGAUCCAGAUGGGACGAUUUCCUGGCCAACAACAACACGCUUGAUACAAAUUGCUUGCGAGACUGCAGGUGGUGGUGGUUUUCAUUCAGCUUGGCAAUUGCACCACUCCAGCGGCAAUUUGGAUUUGCAACACUCCAGCUGUGAUUCCGGCAAGCUCUCCGGCAGGAUUCCAGCUGCUGUCCAUACUCUAGUUGUGACGCUGUUAGCUAUUCGGUUAUGACCGCUGACAAAAGGAAGAAGCCUUCCUGCGAUUCCUCACCUAUUAGCUAUACUUCCGAUUGCUCCUCCCAUUCGUCAACUGCCUCCAACAACUACAUCGACUGCCUUUCCACCUACAUCGAGCAAAUGGCUUCCAGGAUUCAAUGGACCGAUGCAAUGGAUGAAGCUUUCCUCAUAGCAUACGUUAGCUUUAGGGAAAAUAACUGGUGGGAUAACAAGAAGUCACUUGAGACAAACUACGACAUGUUGGCAAGCCAUUUGGUGAGUAAUGGCAUCAUGACCGUCACUGGCCAGCAAUUGCAGACCAGAUUCUAUCACAUCAAGAAAAAAUGGGACUUGUUCUGUAAUCUGCGUGGGAUAUCCUCAAAAUCUGAGACCGGGUUUGGGUGGAAUGAGGACAGCUACUGCUUCACUGCUGAUGAAGAACAUUGGCAAAACUUGGUGCAGACAAAUUCCUCGUAUGCUGAUUUCAAAAAAGAGAACUCUUGCUACUGGUAUGAUCGGCUCACACCGCUUCUUCUUGGAAGACACGCGACAGGCAGCCGUGCCCAAUCUGCAAGCGAGGUAGUACCAUCGGAACCGCCUCACCGUGAAAGAGCCAACACUUAUGCUAGGAGCCGGAAGGGAAAAGGUAAAGCCUCUAGCUCGAUGUCCCCUAAUCCGGCGAGCAUGGGUGUCCAAGGGGAUGAGGGGGACGUGUACUAUGUUCCGCCAGUUCCAGGGGCUGUUGGAGGAAAACGGUCAGCCUCAAGCUUGGGGACCAGCGAUGAACCGGAGGGGACUAGAGGGUCAAAAUUGACAAGGUCAUCCACUGGACUUGAGGAUGCUAUUAGCAAAAUUGGAAAUUACUCCGAAGUUGUACUUGAGGACAGACAGAGUAGGAUGGAGUUCGAGUCCCUAUACAGUGCAAUCCAAUGCCAGGAUGUGAUCGACACAAUGGAGAUUCCGGACAACUGGAGGAUACAUGCUAACUGUCAUUAUGCCAAUAGUGACAGAGAGGGGGAACGAGUUAUUUUCCUCAGGGCUUCUGCAGCUGACCGGUAUGGCUAUAUCCUUAAGUUGAUGCAGGAGAAAGGCUUGGCUUGAGUUGUAGCUGUUGAAAACAGAGUAUAUUUGUACUAACUUAAUUAUGUGUGUUGCUGAGACUUGGAGUUGAUUUUUCUUUACUUCUUGUUGGCCUGAAGUUUGUGACUGGUCACAACUUCUCCCGUUGGGGCUAAUGAGCUUAAUUAUGUGUGUUGCUAAUGAGCUUUCUCAAACGUGAAGUUAAUCCUGAGAAAGAACUAGUUGGGGAUUUUAACUGAAUGCAUUUGUGCCGA